GACACCCGCGGGAAGCAGGCCGCCUCCCACGGGACGCCACCCCCGUCCCGUGACGGCCGCCCGGCAUGGGAAGCGCGGCUGCUCCCGCGGCUCCCAGUGUGCCCGGAGCUGCCCGCUCCUCAGAGCUCCCACCCAGCGAAGGCAGCCGGCCUGGCCAGCACAAGGAUGAGCGAGAUGCACAAUGCGAAACACUCGUGUCUGCCGUGUUAGGCAAAGAAAAACCCUUCCAUAGAAAAGGAUUUUUUUUUCCAUACAGCUAUGGCUAUAUUUAUUAAUUUAAAUAGUGUCAGAGAAUGAAGGAGAAUAUCAACAAUACCAUGUGUUUAGCAGAGCAAGGUCAGCAUUUCCUUAAAACAAGCUGCUGUUCCAUUGCUGAGAUACUGUUACUUAAUUUUAUAAAUGAGUAGCUCUCAAAGGCAAGCCAAGCUCCUUUGAAUGGAAGAUGAAUUUAAUUAUAUCAUUCUAUAAUGGAGCAGUGAUGCCUAGAUUGAGGACCAAGUCUGCAGUGCAUGAUCCAGAGCUGUUUUAUAAAACCAUUUAAAAAAUAAGGACAUCAUGGCUUUUGUGUGGCUGUGCACAAAGAUACUUGAGUGUUGGCAGUGGGUGUUCAGUCAUAGGGCUGUAGUCAAAGCCAGACAAAAACCUGUUUUUACAGGGAAGACAAAACACUGGUUUUACAGGUAUCUGGACUGGGCACAGGCAGAGUCCAGGGCAGGAAGGGAAGGUAGCUCUAACAGCUGGUUUUUGGCUGCUGUGGAAAUCAUCUUAUUUCUUCUCUGUGCCCUGUGGCUAGCUUGAGUUCUGGAUCCAGCUGUAGCACAUAGUUGUUAUGAGACUGCCCUGUUCAUGACCUCAUCUCGUUCCUUCUUCAAGCAGUUUGCAUGUAUGUUGUCCCUGCUACUGAGGUAUGCUAUCCAUGCCAGCCUCCACACUGUCCCCUUUUCAGACUAAGUUUAUUCACAGGCAAGUCAUUUUACUUGUUCCUGUACUAACACUGAUUAGAAUUAUAAAUAGUUUUUUAUCCUUGCUGAUGGUUUACACUAUUUCCAUGUGUAUGUAUGCACAUGGCUGCAUGUUUACACCAUGUCAUAUAUGUGUAUAUAUAUGUGUAUACAUUUAUGUAUUUAUAGAGCAGAGUCACAUUCCCUCCUGAGCAAAAGGGGUCUCACUCUUGCCAACUUCUGUGGUAUGACACAUGUUUGGUUUCCUGCAUCAUCCUUGGCUUUUCCUGUAAUUGCUUCCUUUUAAACAUAAAAUAGGAAAACUGCAGAGAAUACUCACAGAUUGCUCUUUAUUUCCAAAGUUUUUUGCAGCUGUUAGAAAAUGGACGGUUUCUGAAGACUCAAACAAAAUGCAAAUAAUGGGCAGCUGCAGCAAAAUUGCCAGAGGAAUUUCAUGAACCAGGGAAGAAUGGGAAAAAAAUCCAAUGGAUGAAAUGUCUCAAAGAUGAAUUUCAGUAGUCUUUAAGCAUGGGUAUAUUUGGAAGCAUGCUAGAAAGUUUAUAGCUUCAUGAGUACCAUGUCAGGAUAGAUGCCUGUAACUAUUUAUAUUAAAAAUUGAAAGUGAGGAGAAAGGAACUGGAAGUGUUAGAUUCUUUAAAGAAGUUCAGGCUCAGAUUUGAGGAUACUGAAGGUAACAUCAACUCAAACAUUUUGCUCAUUUGGUCAAAUCCCUUUGUUACUGUAAAAGGACUGUUGAUCAACGAUUCCACAUAGUAGCACCAUGUAUCAUUGUAAGAGUAGUUACAAACACUAGGGUUUACUGAACUGCGGUCAAGUCUUUCUAAUAUAACUAGAAGAAUCUGAUGGGAUGACUUUUUUUUCUUCUUCCUCAGAAUGAGUGCCUUGUGCACAAUGAAAUAUUUAUGCCAAGUGACCAGAAAUGAGAACAAAUAUGCAAAAAGGUUCUUUGGUACUCUUCUGACACAGACAGCACAAAAGUGGCUCUUUUCUCCACUCUGGAUAGUGAUACCUGACCCUAAGAAGUCAGCAGUGUUUGGGCUUACUCAACCAUUUUGUACAGAUGAAAAAUCUCACGCACAACAAAAAAGUAAAGCAGCAUUUGGAAGUGUUGGGCGAAGAAUUCCCUAUCGCAUUUUGCACGUAAUCGGCCAGGAUGGGGAGAGCUUAGGAACCAUGCACCGAGCAGAGGCACUCAGACUUAUGGAUCAAAAUGGCCUGAAGCUGGUUUUGCUUCGUGAGAAUGUAGAACCUCCAGUUUACAGACUAAUGACUGGGCAGCAGAUUCACGAAGAACAGCUUAAACGUGCAGAGAAGAAAAAAGCAAGUCCAAAGCCAGCUAUUGCCAAGAACGACUUAGAGACCAAGACUAAACAGAUAGCACAGUGGAUUGAAAAGCGACACCAUGUUAAAGUUACCAUCCGGCAAGCAAAAGGUAGCAGUACAGACAUGUUCAUGCUUUUUGAUCAAAUUUUGGAGACUGUGUCUGAGAAAGCAACUUACCUUUCCAAGCCAAAAGUUGCUAGAGAAGGAGUGAGUACCUGUAUUUUCAGGCACAUGUCUGACAAAGAGUUGAAAGAACACCAGAAGAUGGAAAUCAAGAAAAACAGUACAGUAAAGAAAGAUGAAAACGAAGAUCUGAAAUCAAAUGAGUUGCAUCAAUGACUUUCUGAAGAAGUGUAAACAAUAUGUAUUUAUCAAAAAAAUAAAAUUUAAGAAAAUUAA